ACCGAUCAAAUCAAUCAUCUUCAGCCCUGUUGAUCUAAUCUCAGAGCGAUUGGUGAUUCAUCUCAGAUCCAAUCUCAGAGCGAUUGGCAAUUUCGAUUUUGAGAUUUCGAAGCUCCACCACCUCCACCAUCUGCACCGGCGAGGGAAGCAAGGACCAUCGUCUACUAAGACAGGGGUGCAAAUUGUUGAUAUUUGUUUGGGUACCAGACCCCAUAAUGGGGGUUUGAUCAACUUGGAGGAACUCUGUAAAUUGCUUUGUCAGAGGCGAAAGAGUGCUCGUGAAGCUAUGUCCGAGGAUGAUUGCUUGCGUGCCAUUAGUAAGCUGAAGUUGAAUCUUGAAAUUGUCAACUAGCAAGAUGAUUGGAGAGAGUUCAAAAAAAGAUGAGAAAAGAAUUAGAAAGGAGCGUGAAGCUAUAAUUGCUGCAUCAAUGGAUGAAAGAAGAAAUGCAUCAUUCAUAAUUUUAGAUGAGUGUUCUACUUCUCCACAUGUUGAAUCACAUGAUAUGGAAGGAGUUGUAGACUCCACUCAAGUACCAAAGAAGAAAACUAGGGGGGCAUCAAAGUUAAAGAUGCAUGACAAAGGAAAACAAAAGUGUGAUGAAAUUGACUUCAAUGAAAGGAAUCAGCCUGUGGGACCUGAGUCAGUUAAACUAUCAACUUUAGAAGGGAUCUUGGCACGAGAGAUGGUGCCAAUAACCAUAGAGAGAUGGCCUAAUAUUCCAGAAGAGGUUAAAGACAAGCUAUGGGCUUGUGUGAAGCUUAGAUUCAGAAUACAUGAUUGCCAUAGGAAACACAUCAUGCAAAAGUUUGGCAGAUUAUGGCGCUCACACAAAUCUGAACUAUCACGAAAAAUAAGACCUCUUGGUAAAAGUGCUAAGCUAGCACACAAUAUUGUCCUCACCAAACCUGAUAAUGUAGAAAUGGUUGAAUGGAAAGCAUUUGUGAAACAACAAACUUCCAAAGAAUUUAAGGCAAAGAGUAAAAGAUUUAGGGCAAUGAGAAAAAAACAAACCCUCUUUCACACCAUGAGUCGUAAAGGUUAUGGACGAUUAGAGGAUGAAAUGAGAAGAGAAAGUCGAGCACCAUCAUCCAUAUCAAGAGUUGAUGUUUGGAUUAAAGGGCAUACGAGGAAGGAAGGAAAAUCCAUGAAUGAAGUGCUUGAUGCGACUGUGAAAAAUGUUCAAAAACUUCAUAAGGCUUCUACUGAUGAGGGUCCAAAAUCUAUAAAAGAUGAUGCGAUUUUUCAUACUUUGGUCCCGAGCGUCGCGGGAGUGUACGAGGGCUGGGAUUUGGGGCAUUAACAUCUAAGGUUGAUGCACAAGUACACCAAAAUGAGCACGUGAGAAAACUUGAAAGCAAGGUGCUGGACUUAGAACAAUAAC